AUGUAUUUAGCACUUAAUGAUAAUAUUUCUUUGUUAUGAUUUCUGAUAACCAUAGUAUAGUUUUGCACUUUCUUUCAGUGAAGCAACCAUGGAACGGUUUCCCCUGAAGUCUUCCACACCAAAAAUGACUACGACAUACCAAUCUGUAUACAAAAAGGGUUCAAACACGAACAACGGGCGUAAUGCGCAGGGGUCGAGCGAGGAUGACAUGGUAGAUAUAACACCAGGACUGCAGCGCGCCGCGGACUCCACUCCUACUAGUCACGGCACCUUCCAGUUGUAUGAGCACACAGGUGCUGGUGAUCAAAGACAUUCUUCCGCCAGUGCCAACUCCUACAUCGCUCAAUACUUCAGUUCUUCAACGGGUAAGCGUAUAGUUUUAUAAUUAUGGGUACCUAAAUUGGCUUUCAAUGUUGGUGUCAUUAAUUAACUAUUCUCAUCCAAUAAUUAAGUGUUUUGAAUGUGUCAAAAGUGAUUGUAUCGGGUUGGCACAAAAGUAAUGAGACACUUGGUUUAAGU